AUGACCGGUGGCAAUAAAGAAGAUGCAAGGCCUCAGAAGAUCGCGCCGGAGGGUUCGUAUAUAUCUGGUACGGUGAAGGUGCCCCAGAAACCUACCCCGAAGGUGCCUCAUGCAUCGGCUACGGAGGCGGAGGUUACAUCACCUGACAAGUCCUUCGAAGAUCUACCAUCUGCCGGAAGCGAGCCUUCCAUUCAACACCAUGCUUUCCAAGACAACCUAUUGUCGAGAAGUCCAUCCUUCAAUUCUACUGCUGCUCGGCCAUCCAAGGACAGCAGCUCUAGCGACUCUCACGCUUCUCAUAAGUACGAGGAUCGCCCUGAUGAGACCAAGGCGGCACACGUCUCGACACCCUCUUUCCGCCCAGGUGAAGCUGGAAGGCUACCUUCAUCUGAUGUGAAGGUAUCUGUUGUCGACAUUCCCUACAAGACUGGUAACCAAACUGAUCAACAUCUUCCUCAAGGUCAAACAUCAAAAACUGAGGGUCUCUAUGGUUCGCCGAUUGCUCUUCCCAUUAGCAAUCUUAACUAUGCCAACGGUCAAUAUGGUCAACCCCCUCUUCAAGCUCCCACUGUGGACCAUGCCAACGGUCAAUAUGGUCAACCCCCUCUUCAAGCUCCCACUGUGGACCAUGCCAACGGUCAAUAUGGUCAACCCCCUCUCCAAGUUCCCACUGUGGACUAUGCCAACGGUCAAUAUGGUCAAUAUCCUCUUCAACGUCUUCAUCUGGGCCCGGUCAACGCUCAGUGUGGACAUUAUCCUGUUCAAGUCCCCUACGGUCCUCUCUCCAUCCCCUACGUUGGCUCCGAUCUCCCAGUAUCGACUGACGCUCGAGGUGAUGGUCGACGUGGUCUAAGUUUCUACCCAGCCUCUCACAGUCGUCCUGCUGUGAUGGGAAAUGUCUAUGGUGCCACAUCGUCGCUUCCGUGGCAGGAGUACGGUAAUGGUCCUCUGCCGGUGCCUCCGCUAACCGGCCAGAAUCCUAGUUGUGCUCCACCAUCUAGGGCACCAGUCCCAUUCCAGGAUAUCGGCUACGGCACUACUGGUCCACAUCCACAAUAUGCACUGUAUGGUCCUCCACCGCAGCUAGGGCAUCAAGGAACGGUACCUGCGCAGGUUCCUACCCACCAUCACAAUCCCUUGGCAGGGGGUGACUACUCUGGUGUCCAUCAGUUCUCUGGUCAAUCGUACAACCCGUAUGCUAAGGAAUUCCUCACCGAGAGUCAGUUGAGAGAUACCAAUCGACGGGUCGAGUCUCUCAUCGCCUUAUGGCGCAAAGAUCACCAGCCAUUCACAGGCGGGCAAGGAUCCAGUGUACCCAAACUCAUACAUGAUUGGACGACCUUUUGCUCUACGCAAUGGUUGGGUGUGACUGAUCCACCAGCGGUUCGAGCAUUCAUGGGUGGUGCUCUCUCCGUGAAGCUUAGCGCAGAUAUUAAGGCGGCAUACGAGUCUUGCCGUGUGGCAGACUUCUGCUCUCGGUCUUACCAUCACUCCUUGAUGCACUAUGCUUUGGCGUACAUCCGAGCUCAUCAUUCGGCACCAGUCUCAGCUACCCAUAUUCUACAGAAGUUCCUGGCCAACAAGCAGAAUGGUCGUCCAUUGUCUGUUUUCCUUGACGAGAUCGAGACGGCUACUUGGGAGAUGCGUUUCAUCUUCGAGAGCAACCAGCAUGCUCCACUUGAUAUCGGCUAUAUCGCUAGCAGCAUCAUCAUCGGCUUGGACGAGCCUCACAAUGGUACGUUCUAUGAUGAGAUUAAGUCUCGGUAUGGUGAGGGUAUGCCCAAUACGUUUGAUGGCUUGGCAGACGUCCUUCGAGCUCUACGACGAAGGGUCUUCGUGUUGAGCACUGGUAUGAGUACGGGUCUCAAAAAAUCUGUUCCACAACAUCAAUUACAACCUUUGGUCAACCAGGUCUCUGCCGUUCCGGGAGGUUCCACAGCAUCUGUGAAGACGUUGGAAGGGGCUGAAGAUCCUCCCCAACAACAUUCUGAUCAUCGGAAGAAGCAGUCUAAGUCCGACUUCUGUAAACGGUGCUAUAAGGGAGCUCACUCGGAGGAGGCAUGUACUGCUGAUGAGCCCAAAGACCUUUCCGUCCGGUGCCGUUGUGGUAGUCGCCGACAUGCAGUCGAUAAAUGCCCUCUGGAUCAAGCUAAGGUCAAGUGCUCUCGAUGUCUCGGCGCUGAAGGCCUCCCGCAACAGCAACCUCACAGGAGUGGCGUCUGUCCCUACUCUCUGCAGCAGAUCCAAAAAGCUGGCUCUGGCGGUCAAUCGGCUACGGCUAAGGCUGUCAAUCCCUCCCCGGCUGCUGCUCACGCCAAGUCCGUGCUGAUUGUUGAUGGUCAUGUCACUGGAGGAUCGCACGGUGCACAACCUCACAUACCCUACCCCGAGAUCUAUGCCGUCGACAUCGGCGCACAAGUUAAGCUGAGCUCAGUGGCUGUCUCCCAAGAGCUCCGCUCCCCUAUAUCUGUCGCCUAUCCAGAUUGUGCGGCAUCGGUGACUGCGUCUUGCUUGUGGGACUCGGGUGCAACGGCAACGCUCGUCAGAAGAGACGUCAUUCAACUCCUCGAUGAGAGAAGCCAACUCCCUGCCUUGAGCAGGGUCAUGAGUGUGAGCCCGACAGUGGGAUCAACGCCUACAACAGAAGCCAUCCUUGCUGAUAAUCGCACGAGGAUCUCUAUACAGGGCACGUGCAGGCUAAGAUUAGCUACACGCAAUGCCACGGCUGAACUCGACGUCUUCAUUGUGGACCAGUUGGGCUGUCCCAUCAUCCUCGGUGUCCCGACUCUGGCUGCCCUCCGGGUGACCCUAUCCUUCAGCGACAGCAGUAUAUCCAUCACGACUGGACAACAACCACGGGAGUCGUCCACAUUACCCAUCGUAGGACAGUCUGCUACUAUGGAAGUCGCCAGUCUGAACGCUGAGACCAGCUCUAUCCAGACGGUACCCGAUCUACCACCCUCUCAGCUCUCUGCUGUGCUACACCAAAGACUUCUUCCAUGCACUACCCCUUCGGACUGCAUCACUAUUGAGACUACACGUUCAGGUCGGUACGCCGUGAACUUCAAGUCGGACAAGCUUGAGAAGGUUGCCGGGUCCGGCUGGUCAGCUACGGUAGCAAGAGCCAGGAGGUGUACCAGUCGCAAGUCAGGGUCUGAGCUCAGACUUAUCCAACAAGCCCUUGACAAGCUCAAAGCGUCUCACGGUGUCAGUACAUUGACUCUGCGCUCAUUGUCUGUUCCUCCACCGAAGAGUGCGAUCGCUAAACUGUACUCUGGUAACGAGCUCAUCAAGCACACGCACUUAUGUCAGGGUGACUGGCUUCACAGACAUCAUCCCGUCUUUGUCCCUAGCCAAUUCGUCCUCAAGCCCUCUAGUGUAAGCACCCCAUGCAGGAUAGUCUUCGACUGUCGUGAAGUCAAUAAAGUUCUCUCUAAGCCCAACACUACCCGCUGGGAUCUACUUCACUACCUCACCUACUCGUGCACCGUCCCUGUGGUGAGCUAUGGGGACUUAGCCAAAGCCUUCAACCAGGUUUUGCUUACUUCACGCUCUGCUGGGACCUGCUGCACUGUAUUGAGGAGCCCUGACUCUGGUCUGUUCACUCUCGUGGUAUGGUGUGUCAUGCCUUUCGGUGCAUCACCUAGUCCCGGCGGCUUGGAACUGUCGACGGCCUACAUUGCACUCGAGAGUCGCGAUCUUUAUAGCCAACUGGCACCAAGAUUUGAUGACGUCUCUCCCAAUGGGACCUUACGGCUCCCUGAGUUCUAUCAACAUCGAGACUUCGACCAUGCACGCCCAGUUCUUGAGUCUGCCUUCAACGACUCCCCAGAGAUUCGUUCGGCACUCUCUGCUACUCUCCCGGAAGAUUUGGGAUGGAGAGACUAUGUCGAUGAUUGGUCAUGGGGCCUAUACCACGUGCGGCAAUUGCACUGGGCGAAGUCCGUCUUCACAGGAGUCGCUCGGUUCCGUGGGUUUUCCUAUGCCGAGGGUAAAGAGAACGACUCCUGGCAGGUAGGAUCUGAUGCACCCCUACUGGGCUACCACCUUCGUGAUGAUCGGCUCUGCACUGUCAUCGACGUACCCGAUCUUGCGUUCGGAGCCACGAAGAGAGAUGUGAGCAAGUGUCUAUCAUCUCACUAUGAUCCUCUCGGACGACACAUCGAGCUCAGCAUGUACAGCAGGGGUAUUUGGCGUCGUGUGGUCUCAUCGAUAAACACAUCAGCUGUGGCUACUGACCUGUCUUGGCGAUGCCGAGUGUCAACAGAACUCAUCGAGGAGGUGAAUGAUUGGCUUCGACUCGCACGAGCUGCCCCACCUACGCCUCGAUAUAUUCCACUCCACUCCGGCCCAUUCUGCGAUAUCCCUUGCUGUAUUGCUAUCUCUUGUGAUGCUAGCAACGCUGCCUGGGCAACGGAUACUCGCUCCAGGUUAGGUGGUGGUCCACUGAGCCCAAGGUUGAGAGGCCGUGGUGGUAUGUUCCCUGCACCCGCAUGUGUAUCGACUAGUUCCCUGUCGGCAGAGGCCACGAUCCCUCGCAAGGAGCUCCACGCCCUGGUACAGGCCGCAGCCGAAGCUCACUACUUGUGCUCGACCCUUGGCCUGGACAGGCGCCUUGGUACUGAGAUCUAUAUCAUGAGUGACAGCCUCAUCAAUAUACAGAGACUGUCAUGGCUCGCCGGUAAGAGCAAGGACGCUGCCUCUGUUCACAUCGGCAAGAAGGGCAAACACAGAUUCUCAGAGAACGAUCUCAACAAGCUCAUUCAAGUGCGAGAACACCUGUGGAGGUGUGUUAUACCGGUAACUAUCAUCCAUGUACCGUCCGCUCUCAACUUGGCCGAUAAUGCAUCAAGAUGCUUACCAGUCUCCCCUACAAGCUCACAGCUCAGACUACUCGAGCUCCUCCUGGAUCGACCCUUUGAGCGUCCACGUUAUGUCCCACCUAGUGGUCCUGACGAGAAAAUCGACGACCUGUCCGAUGCGGUACCGGCGUGUGGUGAAGAUGAGCUCUUCGAUGACGGAGACGAGCCGACGUUAUUCAUCGGGGCCAUCCAUGAUAAUGCGCGGCCCGGCGCCAUACCUCCUCCUUUCCAGCAAGACGAUUCGCUGCCCGUGUUCUCCGCUGAGGAAGAGGAGAGUCUCGACACCGAGCUUCAGAGGUUAGUCAGUCUCGAUGCUUUCUACUCGGCUAUAGUUUCCUAUCUCAAGGAUGGCACUGUCAACCCUCCCUUUUCUCCGGCUCGGAUAAGACGUGUAUCUGCCUGUUAUCAACUCGAUGACCGCAAUCGGCUCUACAAAGUCACCCUCCAAACCCCCACGGGGGAUAUUAUCCGACAACGCGUGGUAGUCGCCACGGGUGCUGGCCGCAAGCUCACCUAUCGUCUGGUGGUCACUAAGCACAUUCUGUGGAAUCACUUGGGUACCAAGAAGCUCACCCUGAAGCUUGCUCGUGAGUAUUUCUGGAAGCGGAUGGAGGCCAGUGUGAGAUCUGCGGUUGCCACCUGCCUACCCUGUGUACGAGCUAAUGCCACCAGGAGGUUUCGGUCAUCCGCUGGAGUGAGGAAUGUUCAGAGCUUGAGGCCCUUUAUGGUGGUCGGCAUCGAUUUGUACCUGCCUGGCCUACGAUCCGAUGACAGAGAGCACAGGAAUAGAUCCCCUGGUACUGACGUUACAGCUAUGCUACUGAUAACAUGUACGGCUACUGGUUUCAUCAAAGCGUGUGUCAUCCGAGGAUCGGUAACGGCCCAGACCGUCUGUGAGUGCUUGGAGGCCACCUUCUCCAGUUCUAUCUUUCCAAGUAUUGUCCUGUCGGAUAAUGACGCCAAAUUCUGCGCCCAGGUGACUCAAAGAUGGUGUCGUAGUCGGCACAUUGUCCAUUGCUUCGCUCCUGUCUAUAGUCCUCUAUUGUGCCUAUGGGAGCGCGGUCAUAGGGAAGUUACGAAACUGCUUCGUGCAUGCGUUGAGGACAAGAUCAAUUACGGCGAAAAAGCCUGGCAUACCAUUGUACUGGAGUGUGUGAACGUCUUGAACGGCUCCCCUUACGGCUCUACAACUUGGCUCUCUCCGAGGAUGUUGGCCUUCCCCUACUUCUCUGAGUCUGAGUAUUAUGGGGGGGACCCCUCUACUGACGAGAUUCUCAACAAGAUGUCGAUGUUCACAAGCCCAGCAGAGGCGAAGAAGCUCCGAGAUGAAGGACGCUCAUCCUAUCGACUCAAGCUCCUUCACUACCUCCAGCAUUGGGAGACCUACCGUCAAGCUUCCCGGGCACGAGUUCUAGCUGACCAGGGGCGUGAGUGUGACCUGCAGGCCAACGACCAGGUUUACCAUCUUACGAAUGCGUCAGCAUCAGCUAAGCUCGCGUCACGUGUCCAGGGUCCCUAUAAGGUCGAUUCACUCGAGCCGGGCCGUGCGACUGCGAUUCUUUCCAGCCCAAACGGUUCUAAGUUCCGUGCGUGGGUUGGCAACCUGAUAAAGGUCCCUUCCAAUGAGUUCGUGGAUUCGGUGCCGACAACGCCACCUUGCCCGUGGAGCUUAGAUGGGUUGCCUCCGGUGGCGGUGCUCCCUCCUCCACCUCGACCUGUCCCGACGUGGCCGCCUACCUUCCUUACUAACUCUACGACGAGUACAUCGACUACGAUGCCACCCAAUAAUGCUAUGUCGGCUAACUCUUCCUCACCAGUUCUGCCAGUGGUUUCAGCUCCACUUCAGGAGUCGUCAACUACUGCACAGCCUCAAUCCUACAAUCCUAACGCGAUGUGGCCCUUCAACGACUCCGAUACCGUCGCUGCCUCUUCCUUGGAGCCUAACAGUGCCUGUCCUCCGACGACUGAAGAUAUGGAGGUUGUCAUCCCGGAUUAUCUACCUCUUUGA